AUGUAGGAUAUUGACAAAUAAUCGAUUUUAAUCUUAAUUGUUUUAGGAUUUAUUGAAUUAGUCAUGCUAAUAAUACUAAUCUAUUAUUUAAGGAAAAUUAAUCAGAAUAGACAUUGCUAUCCUAUUUAUUAAUUGUCUCCAUAUACAACCAUAUUAUAAGGAAUAUCAUUUUAUCUAUUCCAAUUAAUGAUUGUAAUUAAUUUAUAUUUGACUAAAACUUAUGGUGAAAUUACAUGGCAAAUUUGCUUAGAUUAAAAUACAAAUGAAUUUUAGGAUUCUAUUUAUUAAACAUUAUCGUAUUAAGUAUUAACUAUUAUUUAUCUAUAUUCAAGAGGUUGUUGUUUUACAUUCACAUUAAUAAAAUCAUUAAGAGUAUUAAGGGCUUUUUCAAAAUAAAGGUUAUUAAAAAAUAAUUUAAUAGUAAAAAUAUAUAUGAAUGAAAAUUUCCUUAUUGUUAUUGCAUUAUUUUAUGGUAUGUUUUUUCCAGUAUUAACAAUAUUUACAAAUUUAUAUCUUUAUGAAUUUUAGUUUUAUUGUUGUUUAUAGGUCUAUGAAAAUAAUACAGGAUUUGUAUUAUAUAAUAGUUUGUUGGAAGAAAUAUUGACACUUUAUUUGAUGAGAAAAAUAAAAUAUAAUAAUUAUGACGAUAAUUUAAUAAACUUGACAAUAAAAUUAUAAUUUUAUUACAUUUGUUGGUUUGCUUUAAAUUCUUUGAUUUUUAAAUUAUUGAAAUUUGGUCCAGAUAUUGUUGGAAUUUCAUGUUUAAUUAGAUGCUUUUUUAUGUUUUACAAUUUUACAUGCAUACCUUUGAAGAAUAAGUAAGAUCAUCCUAAUCUUUAUAUAACAUAUAAUUAAAUUUUGGAUUUUCAACUUAUAAGUUCAAAGGUUUUCAAUAAUUAUUACUAAAAUAAUUAUAGUUUAAUAGCUUUUGAAAAUUACCUAAGUAAAUCUAAUAGAAUUGCAAUAACAUAAACAGAAAUAGAAUUUAUAGCCUAAAGAUAGAAUUUUACAGAGAUAGAAUUAUUUAAUAAAUAUUUAACAGUUGUCAAACUAUCAUCUUCUUGUUAAGAUUUUCAUUUAUUAGCUGAUGAAAUAAUAAAAAUAUUAAAUUUAUAGCCUACCUAAAUUAAUCCUUAUUCUACUAUUGAUAUUCUCUAAAAUGAUUUAUAUAAUCAUUUUGAAUCAAUUUACAGAUUGUAUUUCCAACAAACUGUUGCAUUUUAAGCAAUAAAAGAAUUAACUUUUCAUAAUUAAAUUAUCUAAGAAAAUUUUAAGAUAUUAAGGAUGCCUCUUAAUGAAUGGAAUUACUUUGAUAAAUUUAAUUAAUGUUGA